GGGGAGCGUGAAAGAGGUGGAGAGAGAGGGGAAGGAAGUGGGAGUGGGGAAUUUCCGAGCUAUGGCACUGUGGACGAAGGAGGGAACAGAGGUUUACAUGCUCAAGGGCUGGGAUUGCCGCCUAAGAUCAGGGUGCCGAGAAAAAUCGCUACAACCAUUAAGGUCGAGGCGAAAGUUUGGUUUGCAAAUGAACGAACAUGGCUCUCGUACCUUAAUUUAUCCAUACUUAUGGGGACGUUGGCGCUCGCUCUAUUCAAUGCCUCGCACGAGGUUGUGGCAAGGAAUUUUGCAUUGUUUUAUGCUCUGGUGAGCAUUGGCAUCUUAAUAUAUGGGUAUGUCCUCUAUCAGCGACGUAUCACAAUGAUUCGUAAAAGAGAUCCAGGAAAUUUCGAUGAAAUUGUUGGACCAAUCAUCAUCUCUGCUCUCAUGUUUUUCGCUAUAUUGUCGAAUUUUAUCAUUCGAGUCCGAGAACUACAACGUUUGGAUGUUCCAGCGUAAUAUUGGCGUGAAUAAUAGGUAUAUGAGGUGGUACCGGUCCGCUUGAACAUGUACAUGCAUGCCACCGACAUGUAGGGUUGAAUAUCAGUGAAUCAGAAUGUAUCGAAGGAACCGAUCCGCAGACAUCCUCUGUGCUGCAAAACACAUGCCGAUCUUAAUGUCUUGGCGUGAUCAUGUGU